AUGACCAACAAUCGCCCUCCUCCUCCUCCACCUGACCGUGUGGAUGAACUAGCCCGUCAAAUCUCCUUCCUCACCACCCAAUUUGAAGCUCUGAGCAAACGGUUAACGGAGCCGUCGUCGUCCCCGGCUUCGGGUCGCUCCUCCUCAGAAUCUUCCAACCGUCCUCGCCUGAAACUUGACGUUCCUCGCUUCGACGGCACCGACACCCAUGGGUGGAUCUUCAAAAUCUCCCAAUUCUUCACUUAUCACCAGACUCCUGAUGAAGAGCGCAUUACCAUCGCCUCGUUCUACCUCGACGGGGCUGCCCUCGCAUGGUAUCAAUGGAUGUAUCGUAACCACCAGAUUGUGUCAUGGCCACAGUUUCUCACCGCCUUGGAAACUCGGUUUGCUCCCACCGCAUUCGACGAUCCUCGGGGAAAUUUAUUCAAGUUAACUCAAUCAACCACCGUCGCUGCUUACCUUACAGAGUUUGAAGCCAUUGCCAAUCGCUUAGAAGGUCUCUCUGCCGCCGAUCUUCUGAGUUGUUUUGUCUCCGGCCUAAAAACAGAAAUUCGCCGUGAAAUUUUGGCUCUUCAACCAACCACCAUUGCUCAAGCUGCCGGGUUGGCUCGUUUACAAGAGGAUAAACUUCACGAUAUUGCGCGUGCCUCGCGUCAACGGCAGAGCACUCCGUGGCAACCACCGUCAAAUUGGCGCCCUACGGUUAAAACAGCCACCGAUGUGACCCCGACGGUCAAAUCCUCUCCUGGGAUUCUCCCUACUCCUCCGGUGAAGCCGCGUUUCCGCCAUCUCUCUAGUGUUGAGAUGGAUGAGCGACGAGAGAAGGGACUAUGUUUCAACUGUGACCAACGAUGGUCCCGUUCCCAUAAAUGCGGUGCUCGCGUUUUUCUAUUAUUAGCUAACAGCGAUGAAGCUUCAGUUGAUGCCGGUGACCUUGAACAGGCAGCUACACAGUUGAGUUCGGAUGAUGAUCCACGGGUUGAAUCAACUGCCACCGCAGCACAGUUGAGCUUGCAUGCUCUCUCUGGUGACCACGCUGCUGACACCUUUCGGGUAGUGGGCCGAAUCGGGCCACAAACAGUCCAUGUGCUUGUGGAUGGAGGAAGCACGCACAAUUUUGUGCAAGAGACUAUCGCUAAGACUUUGGGCUUGACUCUUGACCCAAUUGAUCCAUUUAGGGUAUUAGUGGGUAGUGGCCAAGAAUUGCAUUGCACUCAUGUGUGUCCUGGGGUGUCUAUUGUAAUUCAGGAUCACACUUUCUCAGUGGACUUGUACGUAUUGGGGUUACGAGGUGCUGAUCUGGUUUUAGGGGCACAGUGGCUUAGACAACUUGGGCCGGUGCUGAUGAAUUACAAUAAUCUCACCAUGUGUUUCUUUCAUAACAACUCCUGUGUUGAACUACAAGGCCUCGCACCUACCCCCACCGUGGGCUUGCAUUCAUUUCACAAAUUAACCCGUCACAAUCCUGAGGCCCAACUAUUCUCCUUACGCAUUUCUGGACUUUCAACCACAGAUAAUCCACCCAAUCAAACUGACUCACCUAACACAUCCCUAUCUCUCCUUCCUCCCCAAUUCCAAACCCUAAUCACUCAUCAUGCCAAGCUAUUUGCAGAACCAUCUUCUCUCCCACCCCCACGCACCACUGACCAUACAAUUCCCCUCAUUCCACAAUCAACUCCUGUCAAUGUGCGUCCUUAUCGUUACCCCCAUUCCCAGAAAUUGGAAAUCGAAGCUCAGGUUUCUAAAUUUCUCAGUACUGGUUGGAUUCAACCAAGCACCAGCCCUUUCUCCUCGCCUGUACUGUUGCUUAAGAAGAAGGAUGGGACCUGGCGAAUGUGUGUAGAUUACAGAGCAUUGAACACUAUCACAGUGCGUGACAGGUUCCCUCUUCCCACCAUAGAUGAGUUGCUUGAUGAGUUAGGCAGCGCCCAGGUAUUCUCUAAGUUGGAUUUAACUUCUGGGUUUCACCAAAUACGGGUUGCUCCGCAAGAUAUCCACAAGACCGCCUUUCGCACGCAUGAUGGUCACUAUGAAUAUCGUGUCAUGCCUUUUGGACUCUGCAACGCACCGUCUACGUUCCAAGCAACAAUGAACGACAUUUUCAGGCCUUUACUGCGAAAAUCAGUAAUUGUAUUUUUUGAUGAUAUAUUGGUUUUCAGUGAAACAAUGGAGAGCCAUUUGGAACAUUUGACUCAAGUUUUCUCUAUACUUGAGAAGCAUGAAUUCCACUUGAAACCAUCAAAAUGCACUUUCUGCCAAUCCCAAAUUGCCUACCUUGGUCACAUUGUCACUGCAGGCACCGUUGCUCCUGAUCCCCUCAAAAUCCAAGGAGUUUUGGAUUGGCCCACUCCUAAAACAGUUAAGAGCUUACGCGGUUUCCUUGGCUUGUCGGGGUUUUAUCGCCGUUUUGUGCGCUCCUACGCUAGUUUAGCACACCCCCUCACUUCCCUGUUGAAGACAAAUGCCUUUGAGUGGUCGACUAUAGCACAAAGCGCUUUUGACACCUUGAAACAGGCACUUGCUUCUGCUCCAGUCUUGUCUCUGCCAGAUUUUGGGAAGCCUUUCAUAGUUCAAACCGAUGCUUCGGGGUAUGCCAUGGGAGCUGUUUUGUUGCAAGAUGACCAUCCCAUCGCCUACUUCAGUAAGUUGUUCUGUCCUAGACUCUCUAAGGCUUCUACUUAUAUACGUGAAUUACAUGCUAUCACGUGUGCUGUUAAGCGUUGGCGUCAAUAUUUGUUGGGUCACUACUUUGUCAUCCAAACGGAUCAUCGUAGUCUUAAGGAGCUACUCACACAAGUUAUUCAAACCCCUGAGCAGCAGUUUUAUUUGUCCAAACUAUUAGGUUAUCAUUAUGACAUUCAGUAUAAAGCGGGGAAAACCAAUGUGGUGGCCGACGCUUUGUCUCGUUGUUUUGAGUCAGGAGCUUAA